AUGGCGAGCAACGCGGACAUUCGACGCUUGGUCUUGAACGACGAGCGAUUGUCGACGCUCAUCUUGACGUUUGAUCACACACUCAACAUCCCGCAGCUCCAGUAUGCUCUGAGCUUGAACGGGACCGUCAAGGAGAUUGUCGUGUACACCGAUGAGACGUUUUUACCUCGAUUUCCCAUGACGGAAAUUCGCGGUCUCUUUGAAGUGUUGGGUGGCAUCCCCUCGUUGCAGCGGAUCUGCUUCAAUUCGCGCUCGGGCUUUGACGGUGUCAUUUCGGUACAGGCAUUGAUCCAUGUCUUGGGCCGCGCAUCGCGGCUCGCAAGCUUUGCCGUCAGUGACCUCAAGUUGGAAGGAACCGAGCAAGAUUGGUCUCAGUUUGCCGAACAGUUGCAACGAUCGGUCUAUCUCAAGAGUUUCUGCAUCAUCGAAUGCGAACUAUCCGCUCCUUCCGCAGCGGCGGCGGCGGAAGGAGGAGCUCCGGCGGCGCUCAUGCCUCCGCGAGGUGGCGUCAACGGCAUUGGAGGAAGCAAGACGCCGUUGGAUCCCAUGGUCAUGGUGCUGUCUAUUUUGCCUUGCAUGGAAAAGGUCUACCUCCAUUCGACCCGCACGGGCGGACUCGGAGAGAUCUCCAGUCAAGCCGUGGGCGCGCUAUUGCUUUCCGCGUCGUUGAAGGUCCUCAAGAUUCGCGACUUUGAUUUGGGUGCGGACACCAUCAAGGCCAUGGCGCGGAUGCUCCAGGUCAACCCAGUACUCAAGGAUCUCAAGGUUGGAACCAUGGUCGAUUUCCAAAUGGCCUCCGCCGUGGCCUUUGCGACCAUGUUGGAGCACAAUUCCGGUCUCGAGUGUCUCGAAGUGGGUCUCUCCAAAAUGAUUAGUGACGAAUGUGCGGCCACACUGGCCAAGUCGCUCAAGGUGAACAAAGGACUCAAGUCGUUUGCGUUGAUUGCGGAAGACUCGGGCGGCAACGGAAUGAUGAUGACGCAAAAGGUUUCCAAACCUUGCAAGGAUGCGUUCGUUGACAUGCUACGCUCCAACUAUGUCAUUGAAAAUUUCGUCCUCUUUCAACGAUUCCCCGUCAAGCCGGAAUUCAAGCUAUUUGUGACCCUCAACAAGUUGGGACGAGGGCGGCUCUUGCAAGCUCAAGAAACCAAUCUCGAGCAGUGGAUCCAGGCAUUGGCCACGGUCAAUGAUGACCUCGAUGCACUCUUUUACUACAUGUCCAUCAAUCCCGAUCUUUGCAAGCUUGCCUUGCAACGCAUGAAUGCCAAGACCAACGCACUGCGACCCAAGAAGAGGCAAAAGAUCGCUGCUGGAUUGCCGGCCAUCACCAACGCCGCCAUUGCCAACGCAGCCGCAAUUGCCAACCUUGGCGUUGCGGCACCCGCGGCAGGAGCUCCUGGGGCCGUCACCGGUCCCUCGGGGAGUGGUGUGUACAUGUGGUAG